UUUCGUCUAUCAAGGAACUAAUACUAUCUUUUUUAGACACGAGUCAAAUUUCAUGGUAGUCUAAUUGUUGAAGGCUUAGUUCUUGUUCAGUGAAUUUAAAAUUUCGUCACUCACGAUUUGUUUCAUACGUCGAUCGGUACAAUCUUCAUCAAAAAUUAUGUCACAGAUGCUGGCUCUUGGGAUACGCACGCACGCAUAUUAGAAAUUAGAAUACGCACUUUAACCUGAGAAUAGAGUCUGUUUUCACCUAUGUGAGUUGUAAUCUCCUUCUUCGUUCCUAACUCCGAAAUAGUGAAUAUGUCUUAACAUCAUCUUGUUGUUCUUAGCUUUUGAACAUUUACAAAUUUCAACCUAGACAAUAGGUACUCGUGCGCAUUCUUGUCCGUAAAUACUUACUAGUUACGUAUAAAGCCAUCGCGCCCAUCGCUAUCCAUAACCUAUCUAAAAAUAUUUAUUACUUUUUUAAUACCUACAUUACCUACAUAUUUGAUUAUUAAUCAAAUUGAAAAUUAACAAAUUACGCAGUAUGGAUAAUCAGGAAAUCCCACGUUUGUUUUAAAAUCAAAACUUACUGAAUCCGGUCGACAACCAUUAGAUAAUCAAAGUGAUAAUAUAACCCAAUUUACUCGCUUAUAUUAUAGUUUGGCAAACCGUUUUCGUCCGUUGCAGUAUAAAAAGGAGGCAAAUGAAAAAAAAUAGGCGCGAGGUGGUGCUCCCAUAGUAGAUUUGAAUUUCGCGCGUUUUUCUACUGACAAAAGUGACUAAUCACAUGCCAUUUUUUGCAACGACUGUAGAAGCCUUUUCGCUACCAACAUCAAAAAUUUAAUCAAGGUCUGCCCAGACGGGGACAACUUUCGCCCAAUCUGAUUAAAUUGCCUGAUAACCAGGAGGUGGUGUGGAGCGAAAAUGAAAUUUACUCGCCGAUCUCACUUGAUUCGAUUUUAGGUUUUUUGACUGAUCAAAUGGAGAUGCGGACGCAUGAAUGACAAUUUUCAAAGCUAGCAUGCGCGCUUAGGGGCAAUUUUUGUAAAUUUGAGCGCGCGAAACUCACCAAAAGUCUAAAAUUGGUGAUUGACACAGUUAUGUGUAGGUAGGUACCUGUGGAGUCACUGUGAACGCUAGAUGAGAUUGACGCCAAUUUUUUUUCCUAAUCAAAUGGGUCGAUUGGAUCAUUACGUCUGGACUGGCCUUUAGGGAGAAAACAUAGUUUGGCAAACCAAAUUGUCAGUAGGAAAAGGCGUGUAGCACAUGAUGAACAUGCCUUUUUAGAGAAAUUUGUUUUCCAUUUAAAAAAGAGUAUUGGUCUUGAAUUAAAUUUUCGCGUCAAAAGCAUUGACACGGCUAUACUAGUUUCUCCUAGGUACUACUACUUUAAAACAUUAGCAUACCUACAUGUAGCAUACAUAUUUUAAUUACCUUGGAUAUGGAAUACGCCAUCUGAAAUUCUUUAAAGAUUGCAUUCAAAAUUCUGCAAUUUAAUAAAAAAAAAAGAAUUAUAUUGGCGGAUGUUUAAAAAAAUGAUUGUAACUUUAUAAAAGAAAACUAUAGUUUCUAAACUUAGUGUGUAAUAUUUUAUUGUAUAGCGUGUUUAUGUAAUAGUUAUAGGCUACAACAGUUCCCAGGAAAACAUAAAUACCUAUUUAGCAAUAUGCAUAUAAGUUGAUAUCUUAAUCGGUUGAAUAGUCUGUCCUCAUAUUCUAUUUUUAUUGAAAACGUACCUAAGCGAUAUGUCUACUUGAGAUAAAUGAACAUAUUUGGUCGGGAUCGUUCCAUAUACGUAAGUACGUACUUACGUCUUUAAUUAGCUCAGGUUGGUAGAUUACACAAUGGUUGAUUCAUCAUACCUACGCUCAAUAUAACACGCUGGUAAUUAUUUAAAAUUCGGUUUCACUACCGCGCUCGAAGGCUUAACUUAAAGGAAAUAACGAAUUUCCUUCGCUCGGCGAAAAACAAUGCCUCAAUCAGAACUUAGUGGCCGUCGGAACGUAUCCAAGUAUCGGUGAAUAGUUUGAACAAUUGAACAUUUAUAAUUCGAAUUCGUGUUUUUAAAUUUUUGAAAAUGGAACGCAAUAAGGAUAAUACCGAUGCUCCGUGCGAACGUGGCGUGGAUGUGGACAUAGACGAAAUGGUAACAAAGGAACAGGAUGCGUCUACUGGAGUUCUCAGUGCACAAGUAAAAGGCCUCGACGCUAACCGCUAUGCCACCAAGAAGACCGUGGCACAGGGCAUGCUGGACAUCGCGCUGCUCACUUCCAAUGCGUCGCAGUUGAAGUACGUGCUCCAAGUUGGCCCUAAGCACGAGUUCUACACGUUGCUUGUCGUUCUCAUCUCUGUUUCUAUAGUGCUGCAGGCGAGCGCGGGAGUUAUGGCAAUAAUCAUAUCAUUCAUGGACAAUGAGGGAAGCCACAGAGAGAAGAAGAUCGCUGAUUGGCUGUAUCACGGUUCGGUGGGACUCAUGACAUGCUCAGUCUUCUGUGACGUAAUCAAAAUGACGUUCGGCCUUGACCCCGCGCUCUCCACGCAAGAUUUCUAUGGAAAUAGGACAACGAGCAUCGUUGAUAAGUUCUUGAACAUGAAAGCGUAGUAUAUGCAAAGUGCCAAUGCCACUUAAUAAAUGUAGAAGUUGUAGACUAAUUUAGUCGUAUUGGUAGAAUUGGGUCAUAUUCAUAUUAAAUGGUCACAUUAGUAUCGAUAUGUUUAUUUUAGUUGGGGAAACCCUUUUUUUUUUCUUUUAAUGAUCACUUGUUUGGUCUGCCUAUAUUCGUAUAACUCGGAAACAUACACUUUGGCAGUAGAAAAAGGCGCAAAAUUCAAAUUUUUAAUGGGAAGUCAUAUCUCUUCUCGUUUAAUUUUUUUAAAUUUUCUACCUUUUUCUCCUUACAAAGUCGGUAUACCAGAGUUAUAUUAUUUUACAUUUGUUUUUUCUAUUUUUCAACUGUUGUUUUCGAGCAAAUUUUUAUAUUUUGUUUUUUUUUUUGUUUUUUUUUAGGUUGUGUCAGCUAUCGUGGCGGUAGUUCUUAGCCUUAUUUUCAACAUAAAC